UUUUACUUUGUUUAUUCCAGUGUGAGAAUUUAAGACAAUCAUGGCUGACGCGUGAGUAUUAUCACUUUUGGUUUAAUUUAAUGUGUUCAUCAAAGUAUAUUGUAUAACUAUGUAUUGAUAUUCAUUUUGUAAUUUUCACAUGUAUUUUUUCUCUCUUGUUGAUGCUCCAACAGACCAAGGAAAUCAAAGAUCUCCUCCUCUCGAAAGCUGGGGUUGAAGAUCAGGAUGUUGGCGGUUGCUGCUCAGAUGCUGGAGGAGGAGAGUGAGCAGAAGAUAAAGGACAGAGAAGUGUCUCUGUCAGAGAGAGUUCCUCCUCUUACAAUGUCUGGUCUGUCUUUGCAAGAGCUUCAGGUGUUUCAUCUAAUUCGGUUAUUUCCAUGCAUAAAAUCUCAGCUCUCUCUUGUGGAGUUCAUGUUAUAUUCUAAUACCACUAGAGGGUGUCUUACUCUUCCACAGGAUCUAUGCAAAGAGUUGCACCGCAAGAUUGAUGUUGUUGAUGAGGAGAGGUAUGAUAUUGGCCUCAAGGUGUCCAAAAAUGACAAGGAGAUUGAGAACAUGAAUCUGAAGAUUAUCGAGCUUCAGAGUAAAUUCAAGAAACCGACCCUGAGGAGAGUGAAGAUCUCUGCUGAAGCCAUGUUGAGUGUUCUGCUGGGCUCCAAACACAAGGAAUCGAUCGACUUCAAGGCCAACCUCAAAACGGUCAAGAAGGAAGAGGAGAAGAAAGAGGAGGUUACUGACUGGCGUAAGAACGUGGAGGCUAUGUCCGGUAUGGAGGGCAGGAAGAAGCUGUUCGACGCCUCUGGAAACUAACGAAGAAACUAAUUAUUCAUGUUUAAAAGAUCUUCUUGUGAUGAAGUCUUAACAUUACUUCAUAUAUACUGUACAUCUCAUCUACAGUGUAUUAUAUAAAAAUGGUAGUUUGGACAAAAACCUUUAAAACCAGGAUAGUCUUGUUUUUUGUAAUUUGUAGAAAUAAAGGAAAAGCAACAAACUGAUUGUUUAAAGAGGGAUUGUGGGCUUCAAGUGUUUAAAACUGAAAAAAAAAAAAGAAUUACACAUUGUAUUACAUACAUACAUAUAUACUGUAUGCAAACAGAAGAUUGCCGUAAACAGAUUUCAGUAUUUUUUAGGAACUGUUUUUUGUCAUUAACAGCUGUGUGUUAGUGAUACAGUCAGUAAUUGUUUGCAGUAGCAUGUUUCAUUCUCACAGUUCUCCUCUGCCACCUUGUGAUGGCAGCAAAACCUUUCAAACCAUCACAGACAAUCCUGGAACUACAGUGUAUGUUGACUGUGGAGAAAUUAUUGUUUGUCCCUCGUAAAUUAACUGCUAGAGUCUGUUAUAUGCUGUGAUAUGUCAAAAUUCAAAAUUAAUUGGCUAUUAAAAUAUACAUUGCUAAAAACCAACCAGUAUGAUUGCAGUCUUUGUUGAAGUUAUUGCACUGAGAGUAUAUUACAUGGAUACUUGGUUUAUGUACUUGGGAUGCACAAACAAUGUUCUCUCAAUAAAAAGAAACCAACUCUGCUGUUGUUUUUCUCCACUGUGUAAUCUAAUAAUCCCCUUGCGUUGUAUGAAGGAUCAACUCUUUACUUUCACACACAUAAUAUUGGACUAAAGCUCCUACAAACAUCACCCCCCUUUUCUCCAAGACGAGGAGACGGAGGCACUAAGAAAACAUCAAGUGGAGAGUUACGGCAAGAACUUUCACACCUCAUACAUAUGGGAUGUGAGAGAUGCAGCGCAAGAAUGGUGAGGACAGAGGGUCUAUUUUA